ACGAAACAGAUAAAUCAGACAAUUUUCUGAACUUAGCAAAUAAUUUUCAAAAUCAACAAAACUUAGAUCUAAGUUAAAAAACCCACAGUAUCACGCAGAAAGAGACAUUAUAAUAUAGAUCUAGAUCUAGAUUUAGGCCUAGAUCUAUCUGAAGUUCUACAGAUCCAUCUGUGACUUACUGAUUGAGAGAAACAAGGGUUGUGGUCUUGUCACAAAAGGGAGAUGGUUGAACAGAUUGACGUUUCACAUGUCAAAGAUGCUUUGUAUUUUAUUGGUGGGAUGGUUGGGAAGGUGUAUAUUCUAAGUUUGAGUCCAAGGAAUUAAGAACUGGCUGUGCCGAGAAAAUGAUAUUAUUGCAAUAAUAAUAUUAAUUAUUUCACUUCAAAGAUCCCGCCCCAGUUUCAAUUCUGCGCGCAAGUCAUGUGAUAAAAACACAGCAAGUCAUGUGAUCAGCUGAUAGUUGUAACAAAAUGGCAGAGGAUCGUCGAUCAACACAAAAUCUUCAGAGCGGAAAUGAAUUACGACCUUCACAUUCUUUACGGACUAGUGGGUUUGACAGAAGUAGAUCUAGCCCUGACAGUGACGACUCAAUGCUAGACCUUUCAGAGACCGGCAAACAUGAAGAGGAAACGUUACUAGGUCAAGUCCAGGACCCAGGCAUCGUUCGGACACCGUCCGCAGUAGUCAGUGAAAGGAGUAGGAAAGGUACUAGCUCUACCACAAAACCUCAUCAGUCAGUGUCAUCUUCGGCUUCCUCUACUUUGUCCCGCUUUGUUGACAGUCCCAACGGCACAGUUGUGGAUUAUUCACAAAGCGACACACCGGUAGCUCGUGGUCCUAGUCUGCUGUGUGGAUUGACUGGUGAAAACC